AGAGAUCCCCAACAAAGAUUACGGUGAUUUCUCUUUUCGUGCACGACUCCUGUGGAAUUUCUGGAACUUUGUAGCAAAGUCAACAGGACAGUUUCAGAUAUUUCACUCGAUGAGGCCUGAACUGGCUUUUGUUGAGGAAGCUUCGUAGCAUUGGGCACCAAGACAGAGAAUGCAAACUUGAAGACCCCGCUGAGGUGCAAUAGGUUGCUCAAAAAUCCCUUAUAGCCCUCCUCUUAUUGUCGAGCAAUGAAUGUUCCUUCUAAACCACGGUUCUGACGCCCCCCAUUCACUCUGCAGGCAGGGGACAACACUUGAGUAUCACCGAUUGCCCUGGCAGGAGCCAGAUGUUCCGUAUGCACUGCCUGUCCUGUAUGAAGACGAGCACAUAUUGGCGGUGUCAAAGCCAUCUGGCCUGCAAGUCCUGCCCGGCGGUCCUUUUCACCAGAGGACGGCCCUGACACUGCUGCAAUGGUGGUACACAAGGGGCGGGGUAACUCCAGCCCCUGUUCAUAGACUGGGACGGGGCACGUCGGGGGUGCUCCUAUGCGCAAAGACGCCGCAAGCGCGAGCGGCCCUCGCAGCAGACUUUGCGGAAGUGACGAUGGGCAGGACGAACCCAGCCCUCGAGACGGAGUCCAUCAUGUGUGACGGGGUGGGCCCUGUAGGGGGUCCGCUGGCGCCGUCAUCAGCCUCGAAGAAGCGGAUCGCCAAAACGUACAGGGCCCUUGUACAGGGGUUGAUUCCGGAGGACUAUCUGGAUGUAAACCAGCCCAUAGGGCGAAUCAAACACGGCGGCGUCAGGGGCGGCUUGCACGCAGCAAGCCCAAACGGAAAGCACUCUCGAAGUCGAAUCCGCGUGAUCUGGAGGGAUAUAGAAAAGGAGGAGCAAGGGCCGAGGAAAAGUUCGAGGGCGCUGAAAGAGAAAACGAAGGGCUGGCCGCUCGUGAGUCUGGGCUGGGAACGGAUCCGAAAAAAGGCGGGGAUCCGAGAACGGAGGCGCUUGAACAUCGUGAGGCGGAGCGGAGAGGAGAGUCUAGUGAGCCGCGGGAGGCCAUCCCUAGCCGCGACGAAGUCGAAAGAGAUAUUGAUAUGGAAGACGACGGGGGGCAUAGCAAAGGGGCUUUACCCAUGCCUGGAGAUUGCGGAUAUCUUCUUCACGCUAUGCGACUGGCGUUCGAUCACCCUCUCACCAACGAGAGACUUGUGA